UAUUUGCCGCAAAAGACCCGCACACACAUACAUACACACACACACACACACACACAUACACACACACAUACACAUACACACACACACAGACACACACACACUGAAAAACAAAACAAAAAAAAAAAGACGGGAAAACUCGGAACACCAUGGAAGACAAGUCGAAUUCGUUCUCCAGCAGCAAGGAGGAGAAGGCGGAUGGGAAUAAUGUUUUUCAGAGGCAAGACUCGAUACAGAAAAAUAACACGGGGAGCCAGAAGGACCACGGCAACUCCGUGGGCUUCAAGGGGGAGCGGGAAGAGGCCAUGGUCGGGUUCGACGAUCUGGAGGCGGCGGCCAGGCAACACGGUUUCAUGCAGAGGCAAUUUGGGGCCAUGAUGCAGCCCGGAGUCAAUAAGUUCUCCUUGCGUAUGUUCGGCAGUCAGAAAGCCGUGGAGAAAGAGCAGGAGAGGGUGCAAACCGCCGGAUACUGGAUCAUUCAUCCGUAUAGCGAUUUUAGGUUCUACUGGGACUUGAUAAUGCUCAUCAUGAUGAUGGGGAAUCUAAUCAUCAUUCCUGUGGGAAUAACCUUCUUCUCAGAGCAGACUACCACCACCUGGCUGGUCUUCAACGUGGCCUCGGACACCAUCUUCCUGGUGGACCUGGUCAUGAACUUCAGGACGGGCAUCGUCAACGAGGAGAGCUCCGAGAUCAUCCUCGACCCCAAGGUCAUCAAGAUGAAUUACCUGAAGAGCUGGUUCGUUGUGGACUUCCUCUCCUCCAUUCCAGUGGAUUAUAUCUUUUUAAUAGUGGAGAAAGGCUUUGACUCGGAGGUAUAUAAAACAGCCCGCGCCCUGCGAAUCGUCCGCUUCACCAAGAUCCUCAGUCUUCUGCGUCUUUUGAGACUGUCCCGACUCAUCAGAUACAUACAUCAGUGGGAGGAGAUUUUCCAUAUGACCUAUGACCUGGCCAGUGCAGUGGUAAGAAUAUUUAAUUUGAUAGGGAUGAUGCUGCUCCUGUGUCACUGGGAUGGCUGUCUCCAGUAUCUGGUGCCGCUCCUCCAAGACUUCCCCCCUGACUGCUGGGUGUCCCUAAACGGUAUGGUUAACGUUUCCUGGGGUAAGCAGUACUCCUACGCCCUCUUCAAAGCCAUGAGCCACAUGCUGUGUAUCGGGUAUGGUGCCCGGGCGCCCGUCAGCAUGUCUGACCUGUGGAUCACCAUGCUGAGCAUGAUUGUGGGCGCCACGUGCUACGCCAUGUUUGUGGGCCACGCUACAGCUCUAAUCCAAUCACUGGACUCUUCACGCAGACAAUACCAAGAGAAGUAUAAGCAAGUGGAGCAGUACAUGUCCUUCCACAAGCUGCCAGCAGACAUGCGGCAAAAAAUCCACGACUACUACGAACAUCGCUACCAGGGCAAAAUCUUCGACGAGGACAACAUCCUGAGCGAGCUCAACGAUCCGCUCAAAGAGGAAAUCGUCAACUUCAACUGCCGCAAGCUCGUGGCCACCAUGCCUCUGUUCGCCAACGCAGACCCCAACUUCGUGACGGGGAUGCUGAGCAAGUUGAAGUUUGAGGUCUUCCAGCCCAACGACUACAUCAUCCGGGAGGGCACCGUGGGGAAAAAGAUGUACUUCAUCCAGCAUGGCGUCGCGAGCGUCAUCACCAAGUUCAACAAGGAGAUGAAGCUGACCGACGGAUCUUACUUUGGAGAGAUCUGUCUGCUCACCAAGGGCAGACGAACCGCCAGCGUGCGAGCGGACACCUACUGUCGACUCUUCUCCCUCUCUGUCGACCAUUUCAAUGAGGUGCUGGAAGAGUACCCCAUGAUGCGACGCGCCUUCGAAACCGUCGCCAUCGACCGACUGGACCGCAUCGGGAAGAAGAACUCCUUGCUGCUGCAGAAGUUCCAGAAGGAUCUGAACGCCGGCGUUUUCAACACGCAGGAGAACGAGAUAUUGAAGCAGAUUAUCCGUCAGGACAGGGAGAUGGUGAUGAUGGUGGACCGCAAGCAGUCAGUCACAGGGAUGAACUCAACACCAAUGUCAGGAAACUCCAUCAUUAACUCACCAGCCCAGCCGCCCUUCCCCACUGUCUUCAGCACCAGUCAGCUCCAGCAGGCCUCCGUACCCAUGACCUACAGCGCUUCUGCUAUUGCCAAUGCUACUGCUGCCCGCAUGAUGCCAGCCGCUGCCGCUGCCGCUGCUGCGGCCGCAGCGCAGGGGGUCUACCCUGCACCCAGUCUUUCCCACGGCAGCCUGAAUUCUUCCUUAACCAACCCACAGCAGCAAGGGGCCAUCAUGUCGCCCUGCUCCUUCACGGCUGCCAUGUGUAGUCCGCCUGUGCAGACCCCUCUGGCCAGCCGGAGCUUCCAGUACGGCUCGCGCACAGGCUCCCAGCUGUCACUUAUCCAGCAGCCCAUUGCCCAGACGUCUCUAUCCGCACAGCAGCAGCUCGCCCAGCAGCCUGGCGCGUCGGCCGCAGCCGCCGCUUCAGCAUCGCAGCCGCAGCAGCAGCCGUCGCCUCAGCAGCAGCAGCAGCAGCAGCAGCAGCAGGUCCCCUCUCCUCAGCGGGGAGACAUCCAGAAGAGCACACAGGCUCUUCAGUCAGGCAGCUUGAGUCGAGAUGUGAGACACUUAUCUGCCUCCCAACCUUCACUGCCACAUGACACAUCUCUGGGGCCCAGAGCACACCCAGCCUCAGGAGACUCUCUGGCCUCCAUCGUGCCACCACCGGCGGCGGCAGCAGGGAUCCAGGGGAUGAAUCUGCAGAGCGGCAUCCGCACCACAGUGCCCCAGCGGGUCAAUUUAUUCCGCCAGAUGUCAUCUGGAGCGUUGCCUCCGGUGCGCUCGGCAGCAGCGGCGGCAGCGGCGGCGGCAGUGGCAGCAGCAUCAUCAUCAUCAUCCUCGACCCAGCACAGGGAAUCCCCCGGAUCUAGGAGAGAUUCUGUCCUGAGCAGUACAGAGACUGAGCAAGACAAAAUGCGUUUUGCAUCAAAUUUAUGAUCCCAUUUUUUUUCCCCCCCUUUUCAGUUUUUUUAAACUUAAAUAUGUUUGAAUUCAUUUUUAGAAAUGGAGAUACAACAAAAGAGAUCAAAGUGAGGGACUUCAACAUUUUUGUUUCUCUCCGACUUUCUUCUAAAAUAACCUCAUAGAUAUCCUGUACAUACAAGCCCUUGUAUUAUAUUUUAGACACAUUGUCUCCCUAAACUUAAGAAUGUAUAUUAUACAGAUACAUCUCUCUUUUCUUUUGCGCUACAUAUAUAUCUAUAUAUAUUUAUAUAUCUAUAUAUAGAUAUAUACAUAUGUGUGUAUAUAUACUGCUGUGUGUAUGGGCGCGUGCGAGUGUGUGUGGGUGCGUGCAUGUGACCGCGUGUGUAAAAUCCAACUAGAAUAUUUGGCAAUGGCAAUUUAAACGCUGUAGUAUAAACAUGAGUCUUCCUUUCUGACAAAUAUAAAGAAUUAUAUACAAUGUAUGACGUUUUUUUAAUUUCAUUUUUAUGUUAUUUUUCUCUCCGUGUUUUUUUUUUUUCUUUUCUUUUUUAACUGGAAUGCAUCGUGGAUUCUGACGACGACUCAGACUUUCUUUUUCCGUUUCUCUUUCUUUUUUUUUUUCCUUUUCACCAUUGAAGAAGAGACAAACGAUCUUCUCCUAUUAAGCAGCUUUAGGCACCACUGUGGAAUAAUACAUGCAAGCAACUCUGACAAAUAAUCUCCAAAAACACACACACACACGCACACACACACACACACACAUUCACACUCAUGAAAGAAUAAUCUCACUCUGAAUUUUCCUGAACUCUCGUUUUCAGAAAUCAACACAGAUACUGUAACUAAGUGUUAUGUUGCUCUCAGCGACAAAAAGCGUACAGUCUGCCGAGCCUCUAUAUCUACCACAGCGGCUCACGUUCAAACCAUGACAGUGUUAUGGGUCCAAAGGGAAUAGAUAAUAGAAAAUGCUGCUUUCUCUGUUUGUUUCGAGGAGAAUGGAUUGUGGAGAAAGUCGUGGAUGGAUGCUAUUGUUUUCUAUUUCUAAUUUCAGAUGGCUGAGAUGUUAUAUAAUGUUGCUUAAAAAAAAAAAAAAUUCUGUGUAUAUUUAUAAUAUUUAUAAACUAAAGAUUAUCACCAUUAUGCAAUAGACUGUGACAUAAAGAUUACCUAUAUGUGUGCUGUAAAUAGUUUUGUAGAGCUAGUAUUUACAGAUACUGUGUGGUGCAUUCUCUCUAUCAUAACAAUGUCUUACUUCUAUCAGGAACCUGGAUAUCAUCUAUAUGCGACAAAGGUUAAGUGACAAAAUACGCGAUGUUUCAUAAGAGAUGAGCAAACCUUAAUGCAAGUGCUAGCACUACUUGAUGCUGAGAGACGCCUGAUCGGAGGACAUUUAACAACCCCUACUUCUCUCUCUGUAGACUAAUCCUGAUCCUACUGUGGCUUUUGAUCAAACACGAUAUUUAACGACAAUUCACAACUUCAUUUGAGAGUAAAUGUUUCCUUUUCUCAUCACCUCAUUCCCCGAAAGCUCCCGAGGAUCAUUUUAAAAAUGAUUCCCUGCUUUAUGACUUGCUAAUGCACCAAAAUGAGGCUCUUUCUUUCUUCUUUUUUUUUUUUUUAAGUAACAAUUUAAUUCCAUUCUUGCUCACAUGCUUCUUGAAUAAAACUGUACUGUAACGCUGUCAUAUCACACCAACUGUAGUUACAGAGCCUGGCACGACAUCUUCCACACAUACGUUGCAGGUUAAAGGUGCAAUAUGUAAGCAUUUCUGUUGAAAACAUUAAAAAAUUGGCUAAAAUUAGCAAUAGAAUGUGAAGAACUGAAGUUAGCAUGCUAACCAGUUCGCACCCAGCCGAGCCUGGACUACAGCUCCAGUACCAGGGGUGUUAAAACCAACACUUCCCUGGCGCUCCGAGCUCCCAGUCUGAACCGCUAGGUGCACGGCUAACCGAGCUAACUGGCUAAGCUACAACUACAGUUAGCUGGUGGUAUCGUCCCAUUCUGAUGAACGUGCUAUCUCAAGAAUGCCUGCUGGGAAUUCCUUCAAAUUUGGCACAUUUAUUCACUUGGACUCGAGGAUGAAGUGAGUAGAUUUUGGAGACACAUUUUUACUCAAUUUAUAUGUAUGACAAAAAAUAUACACAAAUGUCUUACAGGAUAAAAUGAUGAAGUUCUGGGUAUGAAUUGGACAGGUGGCCAGUUCUUACGUAUUGCACCUUUAAAGGUAUCCGGUCACUCCCGUGUGCUGGAGGGGAGGACGUUUCACCGAGAGGCUGCAAGUCAGAAAAAGAAAUGCUGGUUUGCAUUAAGGUUUCUGUCUCGUGUAAAUCCAUUAUGUGGGCUUAGCUACUCAAAACUGACCGGGGGAAACAAGGUCAGGCCAGAAUAUUGUGACUCUAUCAAAAAAGGAUCAGAGCUUAUUUGGAAUAUUUUAAUCUUGCAAUAACCAACGACUCAACAAAAAAUAAGCCGGCCACCGCAGCUUACGGGCCACUUCCCUGCACACGCAGAGGAUUGUCGCUGCGCACAAGACCUUCCUUUUCCUUCCUUCCUUCCUCUCUCAAAAGUAUUCUCAUGUCAGCCGUGCAGGAUUUUUUUUUCGGAGUCACAGUUUUCGUAGCGGCCGCGUAUCCCGUCGGUUCGGAAGUGGCUAAGCCCCGUAGAGAUACCGUUUUAAAAAGAUUACGAGUCUUUCGCUACAGAUUGUGUCGAUAGUGUACCAAUACAGUCAACCCCACCAAAUGUCAUGAAAGCAUGCACUGUCACAAAUACUUAAAAAAAAAAAAAAAGAAUACUAUCUCAAAGAUGUUGACGUUUUAAAUGUAAUGUUAGAUUAUGUUUUUUGUUCAUUGUCUGUCUGCCUAGACGUUUAUUAAUCUGUGUGUGAACAGAAGCAUCGAACUUUUUCACAUGGACAUUCUUAAGUAUUUGUGCCUAAACUAUAGCCAUGUUCCAUCCUUUGUUACGAGUGUGAGCUUCGGUGCAUACCGUGGGGAGGGAGGGGAGGGAUGGGGGCACUUCUGCACACGGCUGCGCAUUCAUUCUUACUAUACUCUAUGUGUUCUAUAUGUCUCAGUGUUUUUAGACAGGGGAAGGAGGAAGCAAUGAUGAUGGCCAAAACGUCUCAGUUGAUCAAAUUGGUAUCUUUACUUACAAUGUGAACUUCUAGAGGCAGGUGUUUUUUUGUUUUUUCCCUCUAACAUUGUGGGUCAAGCUAUAGAGGACAUUUAAUGAGGUCGUGUACAGUUUAACGAGGAAAAGAAAACAAAAGGAAGUGCAAUCUUUAGCCGUAAUAUCACGCUCAACGAGACAUUGUACAAAUUUGGAGCACCUUUAUACCUUUCUUUGUAGCUAGCCACUGAUGUUUGGGGGCGGGGGAGGGGGGGGGUUUCGAAUUGCUGACGUGCGGGAAGGAAACUGGCCAAAGCAAAACGUUCAUUGUCUUUGUUUUAAAUUGCACUUUUCUGAUUUACUAAUAAAGACAGAUUCUUUCAGCUAGGUUUUUAGAUGUUGGAAGGAGAGAGAGUAAGGGAGCAGUAUCCCCGAGAACUCGUGCCGCCCUGAUCCUGUAUGAGGUUCUGAAUGAGGAGGAGGAGGGUGGUUGGUGGAGGGAGAUGUUCUAUUUACAACGAAGAGCGCUUAAUCGUGAAUAUGCCAUAGUGUAUAGGAACUAGUACACAGUCGAGAUGGAUAGCAGCACUGUUAGUUUGUGCUGUUUUUGAUACUUGCCUUUGGAGGGAGAGCUUCCCAACUAUGUGCUUUUUUCACUAUCACAACAAACAUACUGGAACGGGCAUUAAUGGUGAUGUACAACACAAACUAAAUGAGCUUACAUAUUAGCAGUAUAGAGACUCUCAACAAACCAGCACAUAUAUUUGUAUAUUUCUUUUUUGUUUGUUUGUUUGUUUGUUUGUUUGUUCUUUUGUUGGUUUGAGAAAAAAAAAAAUAAAAAAAUAAUAA